GCAAUCCAACGUGUUCGUGAAGCCGCCGAGAAGGCCAAGAUUGAAUUGUCGUCGACCAUGCAAACCGAAAUCAAUCUUCCUUUCAUCACAGCUGACGCCUCGGGUCCAAUGCACAUCAAUAAGAAGCUGAAUCGUUCUCAAUUCAAAGCUCUCAUUGGACCUCUUGUUCAACGCACCAUUGAGUCUUGCAAGAAAGCUCUGAGUGAUGCUCGUGUCAAGGCCCACGAGAUUAGCGAC